UCCAAGUCCGAUGGAAAUCACAGAAAAAUCUGAAUCGCUUCCGUUGAGGACUCGAAUCUCUCUCGCCGUAAUCUCAAUCCUCACUGAUACAUCUUGCCGGCGAGAUGGAACUGUCAACCGCCGCAUUAUAAACUUCUUUAAAUACAUAUCUCCUGCUAAUAAGAAUUCCGUCAAUGGCGUAUCCACCUUUGAUGUUGUUGUUGAUCCUGCACGCAAACUCUGGUAUCGCGUCUUCGUUCCUACGUCUCCGGCGGCUGAAUCUUCCGUUUCCAUUCCGGUUAUCGUAUUUUUUCACGGCGGAGGAUUCGCUUUCUUAAGCGCAGAUUCGAAGCCAUACGACGCAGUUUGCCGCCGGUUCGCGAGGAAGAUCGGCGCCGUAGUCGUCUCUGUUGAUUAUCGUCUGACGCCGGAACAUAAAUAUCCGGCACAGUACGACGACGGAUUUGACGUUCUGAGAUUCCUUGACGAAGAGAAUCAAUUCAACUGCCUACCUAAGAAUGUAGAUCUGUCUCGUUGCUUUCUUGCCGGUGAUAGCGCAGGCGCUAACCUUGCUCACCACGUGGCGUUAAGAUUCAGCAAAACAAACUUUCAACGGCUUAAGGUGAUAGGAUUGGUGGCGAUACAACCGUUUUUCGGUGGAGAAGAGAGAACAGAUUCAGAAUUGAGAUUAUCUCUGAUUGUUACAACUAAGAGAGCAGAUUUCUUAUGGAAAGCCUUCUUGCCGGAAGAGGAGGCGGUUACGGGAGGAGGAAGGGACCACGAAGUGAUAAACGUGAGUGGUCCACGGGCGGUGGACCUAUCAAGUGUCGAUAGGUUCCCGCCGGUGCUGGUGGUUAUCGGCGGACGUGAUCCUUUACAGGAUUGGCAGCGGCGGUAUUAUGAUUGGCUGAAGAAGAACGGGAAAGAGGUAGAGCUUUUGGAGUAUCCAACUAUGAUUCACGCAUUCUAUGUGUUUCCAGAAUUGACGGAAUCGGGGCAGUUAAUUGAUCAGGUUAAAGAUUUCGUAAACCGACGGUCUGGUUCGGUCGCCAUUAAAGACGAUUGAGCUUUUGGAGAUAGUAAUAGUGAAUACUGAUUGGUAUGGAUCGUAAUUAUAAUAUUGAUAUGACUCGUUUGGAGAAGAAGAAGUUGAUAGGUGCAAUUUUAUAUUUUUAAAUAUUAAAUAUAAUUUUCUAAUACAUUACAAAAUAUCUUACCUAAUUUAUUUAUUAUUAUUUUUGUUAGUUUACCUAAUCU